AUGGAAAGUGAGAACGAACCCAGCCUCAAGAACAGUAGCAGCAGUCGCAACCUCCGCAACCACUACUACAACUCCCGUCGCAAGAUCACCACCCACACUAUCCAAAACACCAACAGGAAACCCUACACCAAACUCAUCAUGUUCAAGUACGUUUUGAUCGCCUCAGCACUCGCAGCUGUCGGUUCUGCCUACAACCUCCUCACGGUCUGCAACGACGCCGACUUUAAGGGUAACUGCGUUACUUGGACCGGCGAUCUCAAGAAGUGCUAUGGUCUCAACGAGUACAAGGGUGCCGUCUCCUCUGCGAACAUCUUCGGAAGUAUUCGCUGCAACCUCUACCGUGAGGAUGGCUGCAAGGGCGGAGGAAUUGUCAUUACUGGUCCCGCUUACAACUUGCAUGACUUCAAUGACGCGGCAUCUUCCUUCUACUGUUACUUCAACUGA